AGGCGGCCUUUAGAAGCACGUGGUUGGGGGGGUGCAAAGCAUUUAGAGGCACGUGCGUUGGUGCGAGGAGCGGAGUUGGAGAGGCUGCUGGCGAGGGGAAGGAGACCAUGGCUUCGGCGGGUAUUUCUCCCGAAAGCAAUUGUAGUGAUAGUAGUGGACAUGUAGAAAGCCCCUUAGAGCAUUCCUUAUUUCAGCGUCACGAGGAAACCAUAUUUUCCACAGCCAUGGCUUUGGUAUCAGCAGACUCACGAAUAGCUGAACUACUCACGGAGCUCCAUCAGCUGAUCAAGCAAACUCAGGAAGAACGUUCCCGAAGUGAACAUAACCUGAUCAAUAUCCAGAAGACACAUGAGCGAAUGCAGACAGAAAACAAAAUCUCUCCCUAUUACCGGACGAAGCUUCGAGGUCUCUAUACCACAGCCAAGGCGGAUGCAGAGGCAGAGUGCAAUAUACUUCGCAGAGCUCUGGAUAAGAUUGCUGAGAUCAAGACUCUGUUGGAAGAAAGGCGCAUCGCGGCUAAAAUCGCAGGAUUGUACAAUGAUUCAGAACCUCCACGGAAAACCAUGCGCCGAGGGGUGCUGAUGACCUUGUUGCAACAGUCAGCCAUGACAUUGCCUCUGUGGAUUGGGAAACCUGGGGACAAGCCUCCACCCCUGUGUGGGGCCAUUCCAGCUUCAGGGGACUACGUAGCCAAACCAGGUGAUAAGGUGGCUGCUCGAGUAAAAGCUGUGGAUGGAGAUGAGCAGUGGAUUCUGGCAGAAGUGGUCAGUUAUAGUCAUGCCACCAACAAAUAUGAGGUGGAUGAUAUUGAUGAGGAAGGCAAAGAGAGACACACCUUGAGCCGAAGACGUAUCAUCCCACUACCACAAUGGAAGGCCAAUCCUGAGACAGACCCUGAAGCUUUAUUCCAGAAGGAUCAGCUUGUUCUGGCAUUGUACCCCCAAACCACUUGCUUCUACCGGGCUUUGAUUCACACUCCCCCACAGCGGCCCCAGGAAGAUUACUCUGUCCUGUUUGAAGAUACCUCCUAUGCAGAUGGCUACUCUCCUCCCCUCAACGUGGCCCAGAGGUAUGUUGUGGCCUGCAAGGAACCCAAGAAGAAGUGAGGUUCAGUUUGGCUGAAUCGUGGAGUUCUAUUACCUUGUCUUUGUUUACCUGACUUUUCUGCCAUGCCCUUUGAAGUGGGGAAUUAAUGUAUCAUUCUCUGUGGACAAAUAAAUAUACAGCCAUGUCCCCCACA